AUGGAUGAUCAGCAAGAUUUUCAAUUACCACCAUCGCUUGAGCAUGCCAGGAUUGCUGACCUGCCCGAGUCCGCCUUCUACCUGCCCAAUUUCAUCAGCAAAGACGAAGAGCAGGCCUUGCUCAGCAAAAUUGCUUCCGUACCAAGGCCGAGAUGGAAACAGCUCACGCACCGGAGACUGCAAGCCUGGCCCUCUGAGCUAGUACAGAAUCGACUUUUGAGCGCCUCUCUUCCCUCGUGGCUUGAGGAUCCCGUCAUUCCAAGACUGCUGUCGCUUCCCUGUUCAGAGACAGAAGCAAUUCACCUCUUUGAUGCAAGCCCGCACAAGCGUCCAAAUCAUGUCCUCAUAAAUGAAUAUCCACCCGGCAUCGGCAUCAUGCCGCAUAAGUUAUCUUACUGGCCGGUGGUAUGUACCGUCAGCUUAGGAGCCAGCCUGUGUCUCAAUCUCUAUCGUAGUAAAGAAGACGGCGCAAUCGAUCUGAAACCCGUUUGGAGAAUAUUGCAGGAGCCGCGUAGUCUUCUCAUAACCACCCAGUCGCUCUACACUGACUACUUGCACGGGAUUGCCGACAUUGACGAGGAUGUUGGCCUCUCGCCCGAAUCCAUUGUCAAUUGGCCCUUGCUCAAUUCCCCAGAUAUUUUCGCGGAUGGAAUAAACAUCCGCGAGACACGCACUAGCCUCACAUAUCGGGAUGUGCUGAAAGUGUCCCGCCUUGGACUCAAUCCACUUUUCAAAUCUUGA